AUGGAUCUUGACUUGGGUGGUAGUAACUCUUGUCCGCCUCGACACAAAUGGAGAAAAGUUGCAUACGGUGAGGGAUAUGCUAAAGGCUUUUUAGUUCUCCUUUUUACUCAAGAAAGGCUUUCACUUACUCUUCUCCUUCAUUAUGCCCUUAAUAUCUCGUUUUUCAUAACUGGUUUGUAUGUUUUGGCCCCUAUCUAUCAAACUCUUACAAGGUCCAUCAGUUCUGAUUCAAUUUGGGCAGUAACUGUAUCGCUUCUCAUACUUCACCUCUUCCUGCACGACUAUUCAGAAUCCACUGUCAAAGCCCCAGGGGUUCUGAAGAAUCCUGCAUUAACCAGUUGUAUAUCCGUAAAUGCUUCUGUAGUUGCCUCUGUUUUUAUUGCUUCUCGUCUUCCAUCAAGACUACAUGUGUUUGCCAUCAUGUUAUUUUCGUUGCAGGUUUUCCUUUUUGCUCCACUGGUUACAUACUGUAUUAAAAAAUAUUCCUUUUGCUUACACCUAUGCUUUUCUAUUAGUUUGAUGGUUGUGACAUUAAGUUUUGUGUACACGCUGCAUCGCUUGCUAUUUGUGUUGCUACUUAGUUUGUUGGUUUUUGUCAACUUGGUAUGUCCUUAUUGGCUUAUAAGGAUUCAGGAGUACAAGUUUGAGAUCAAUGGACCUUGGGAUGAGGCUAAGCUUUGUUUUGAUAUUACAGACUGA